CAUGAAGGAACUCACACAGCAGAGACACCCUGUGUGUGUAAGCUCUGUGGAAAAGUCUUUCAUUGUCUCAGAUCCCUUCAAACACAUGGAAGAAGUCACAUGAGAGAGAAACCUCAUGUGUGUAAGCAAUGUGGAAAAGCCUUUAGUUCUUACAGUUACAUUAAAAAACAUGAACGAAUUCACAGUGGAGAGAAACCUUAUAUAUGUAAACAAUAUGGAAAAGCCUUUACUUUUCUCAGUUCCCUUCAAAUGCAUGAACAAACUCACAGUGGAGAGAAGCCCUAUGUGUGUAAGCAAUGUGGAAGAGGCUUUAGUUCUUCUAGCCACAUGAAAACGCAUGAAAGAAUUCACAGUGAAGAGAAACCUUAUACUUGUAAACAAUGUGGGAAAGCUUUUCAUUUCCCCAGAUCCCUUCAAAUACAUGAAAUAACACACAAUGCAGAGAAGCCCUAUAUGUGCAAGCAAUGUGGAAAAGGCUUUAGUUCUUCCUAUUACAUUAAAAAACAUGAACGAAUUCACAGUGGUGAUAAACCUUAUGAAUGCAAACAAUGUGGGAAAGCCUUUUGUUUUCCCAAUUCCCUUCAAAUUCAUGAACAGAGUCACAGUGGCAAGAGACCCUAUGUAUGUAAGCAAUGUGGAAAAGGCUUUAGUUCCUCUAGCCACAUCAAAACACAUGAACAAAUUCACAGUGAAGAGAAACAUGUAAACAAAGUGGGAAAGCAUUCACUCAUUCCUGUUAGGUCAGAAGACAUGAAAUAACACAUACCAGAGAAUAAACCUAUGUAUGAAAACAUUGUGGCAAAGCCUGCAGUGAUCCCAAUCUUCUCAGUCAACAUAAAGGAAUUCACAGUGAAAUUAAAACAUGCAUGUGAGCAGUGUGGGAAAGCCUCCAGUCAUUUCUCCACCCUUAAAAUACAUGAAAGAAUGCACACUAGGAGAAACCCUGUGUGUGUGUGUGUGUGUGUAAGGAAAGUUGCAAAGCCUUCAUCCAGUUUACCUUCUCAAACUCAAAAGAACUCACACUUGAGAAACUCCAUGAGUGUAAACAAAGUGAGAAAUCCUUUACUGUUUACAGUUCUCUUUGAUACCAUGAAAAAAUUCAUAGUGGGGAGGAAACUAAAUGAUGUAAGCAAUGUGAGAAACCCUUUUUCCCCAGAUUCUUUCAAGUACAUGAAAGAACACACUGGAGAGUAACCUUGAAUACAGAAAAAUGGGAAGUCUUUAUUAUCACAUGAACUGGUUAGCACACAUGAGAAUGCAGGUGCAGUAACUUGUAUUGUUGCAGAGGAGUUGGGUACACUUGUCAUCAUCUCAGUUCGCUGUAUCCAUACAAAUGAGCACAGUAUGCAGUUAUGCAAUGUAACAUUCAAAAUGAGAUGUGCAGUGAUCUCCAUUUGACUCAGGUUAGAAAUCAAAGUGGAUCAAAACCCUGUGCUGUGAAUAAUUCUUAGAAGAGAGGUGUCAGAUGUAACAGUUUCAGAGUCCUUUAAAAAUUCCUCAUGUAGCAGAAACCUAUGCAUGCAAUUGAUGUGAAGAGCUUGGUGCAAAAUAAUUUGCUUAGAAGUCUCUAGAAAAUGUGCUACCUGAAGGACGUCCCACAAAUUAUAUUGUGUUCACCAAUAAUUCAUUCUUAAAGUAGGUCUCUGCACUGUUUCUGAUUUGUAUUCUUGAAAUAAA